AUGGCGGCCGCCGCCAUCUCUCACCUCCGCCGCGGCGCGCAGCGCCACGCUGUGCUAUGCAUCUCGCUGUCGCGCCGCCGCUUCUCCUCCUCCUCCGCCGUGGCCGCGGCCUCCCCGCUCGCCGCGGCCGCGCGCCGCCUCCUCUCCACGACGGUGGACUCCGCCACGUCCACGUCGGGGGAGCACUACAAGCCGCCGUCCUUCGACCCCUUCCGCGCCGCCACCCUAUCGCCCUCGGCUCUGCCGCUAGAGUCGCCCCCGAGCAGCCCACCGCUGCAGGAUGAGGCGGCCGCGUCCGUGGCGGCGCACGAGCAGGCGACGCUGGCGUGCCAAGAGGUGGAAUUGGAGGGCCUCAAGGCGGGGGUGGAGGCGGUGAAGAGCAGGGAGGAGUCGCCGGAGGAGAAGGAAGCGUGGUGGCUGCUCAGCCGCGCGGUCGUCAACUACUGCGGCAGCGCCGUCGGGACAGUAGCCGCGAACGAUCCAUCCACCAGCCAGAUGCUCAAUUAUGACCAGGUGUUCAUCAGGGACUUCGUGCCGUCGGCCAUCGCGUUCCUCCUCAAGGGCGAGAGCGAUAUUGUGAAGAACUUCCUGCUCCACACGUUGCAGCUCCAGAGUUGGGAGAAGACCGUGGAUUGCUAUAGUCCUGGUCAGGGGUUGAUGCCUGCUAGUUUCAAAGUUAGAUCUGUGCCUUUAGAUGGAAAUAGUGAAGCAUUUGAGGAGGUCCUUGACCCAGAUUUUGGAGAGUCAGCCAUUGGACGUGUAGCACCUGUUGACUCUGGUCUUUGGUGGAUAAUCCUUUUAAGGGCAUAUGGAAAAAUUACUGGAGACUACGCUCUACAAGAAAGGGUUGAUGUGCAGACAGGCAUCAGGCUAAUACUGAAUUUGUGCUUGUCUGAUGGAUUUGACAUGUUUCCUACAUUGCUUGUAACUGAUGGAUCAUGUAUGAUUGAUCGGCGGAUGGGAAUCCAUGGUCAUCCUCUUGAGAUCCAGGCUCUGUUCUAUUCUGCUUUACGCUGUGCCCGAGAAAUGAUUGGUGUAACCGAUGGAUCCAAGAACUUGAUCCGUGCUAUUAACAACAGGCUCAGUGCUCUGUCAUUUCACAUCAGAGAGUAUUAUUGGGUUGAUAUGAAGAAGAUAAAUGAGAUUUAUCGCUAUAAGACUGAGGAGUACUCCCAUGAUGCUAUUAACAAAUUCAACAUCUACCCGGAGCAAAUUCCAUCUUGGCUUGCAGACUGGAUUCCUGUGAAAGGCGGUUACCUUAUAGGCAAUCUGCAGCCAGCUCACAUGGAUUUCAGGUUUUUCUCCCUAGGGAAUCUGUGGGCGAUUGUCUCAUCUCUUGCUACUCAAAGGCAAGCAGAGGGCAUUCUGAACCUUAUUGAAGCCAAAUGGGAUGACAUAGUAGCCAACAUGCCUCUCAAAAUAUGCUACCCUGCACUAGAGUAUGAGGAAUGGCGUAUCAUCACCGGCAGUGAUCCCAAAAACACGCCCUGGUCGUAUCAUAAUGGUGGAUCUUGGCCUACAUUGUUAUGGCAGUUUACCUUAGCCUGUAUCAAGAUGGGUAGGCGUGACUUGGCACGGAGGGCAGUUGAGGUGGCAGAAAAGAGGCUCUCAGAUGACAAGUGGCCAGAGUAUUAUGACACCAGGACAGGAAGGUUCAUUGGGAAACAAUCGCGGCUAUAUCAAACUUGGACCAUUGCCGGAUAUCUUAGCUCUAAGAUGCUAUUGGACUGUCCGGAGAUAGCAUCCAUACUAAUAUGCGAUGAAGACUUCGAGCUGCUGGAAGGGUGUGCUUGCAGCUUGAAUAAGAAUGCUCGCACCAAAUGCUCACGUCGUGCGGCCAAGUCGCAGGUUCUUGUGUAG